GGUGCAACAGCAAGUGAAGACUUUGUCAAAGAACAUCUGCAGAUGUUCUCCUGCUGUUUUAGAUCAUACAGCUCAUCUCCUUGCAAAUCUCAGUGAGACGGUCUUCAGUUCAGGAAAGUCUUCAUUCUGCUGUAUAAAAUGACUUCAGGAGGAAAUUCUUUGACAGCUGCAGUGUUGCUGUUAAUCAUGAUGAAAGUCUUCAGUGUCCUCACUCUCUCGUGUUCUUCAACAAUGUAUCAAGCACAAGACCUAUGCUGUCAAAAGUGUCCUGCAGGAAAUCGAGUCAAGACAGAUUGCACAGAGACUGCACACACUUCCUGUGUGGCCUGCGAGGGUGGAACCCACAUGGAUAAGCCCAGUGGACUCAAACAAUGCACUCACUGCACAAUCUGUGACCUAAGUUUUGGUCUGAAGGAGAACAGGACAUGCACAUCAACAUUAGAUACAGUUUGUAAACCAGAGGAUGGAUUCUACUGUGUUGACGUCGCAGCUGGUAGCUGCAUGGCAGCACACAAACACAGGCAAUGUCAACCAGGAGAAUACAUCAGCCAAACAGGAACAGCCUUCAGAGACACUGAGUGCUCUGACUGCAGCAAUGGGACAUUUUCAGAUGGGACUUUAAAGUUUUGCCGGCCACACAGACCAUGUGAAUCCCUAAACCUUAAGCUGAUAAGACCAGGAAAUGCUACAACUGAUGCUCAGUGUGAAGAACAAGAUCAGGAUAAUGUGGUCCCAAUCAUCAUUGGCUGCUUGUUGACGAUUUUAGUUAUUGGCAUAGUUAUAGUUAUAGUUAUUUAUGUCAAAAGAAAGACUCUGUGUCCAAAAAGAGUGAGAAUAACAGAGAACAAUGAGAAUGACGUGCUGUAA